AUGGCUACCCCUAGUGUCCUAGCUUUUGACGCUGAGGGUCGCGCCAUUGAUUUCGAGGUCUGGUUAGACGACCUGCAGCUGUUCUUACAGUGCGACAGGGCUGAUGGCCUUUCUCUCUUUGACCUCACCUCUGGCGCCGCUCCUGCUCCUGCUGCUGAUGCUGAUCUCACUGUCCGCUCUCAGUGGGCCACCCGUGAUGCUGCUGCACGUCUUGCUGUGCGUCGCCACCUCCCUACCUCUGAGCGUGCGCACUUUAGUCAGUACAAGAGUGCUCAGACCUUGUACGACGCUGUAGUUGCGCGCUACUCCUCCCCUGCCACUGCUGCACUGAGCCUCGCGCGCCUCCCUGACUCCCUUCGCGUCGUCAGGGACCACUUUCUCGCAGUCUGUCCCACCACCCUCACCGUCGACCUCCUCGAGAAGGCCCUCCUCGCAGCGGAGAAGAGCAUAGUCGCUGUAGGUGCUUCUCGUGGUGACCCUCGCACCCCCAUCUUUGAGGGGUGCUCUCCUUCCCCCUUGCUGCCCUCUGUUGCCUCUGCUGCUGCUGCCGACCUGCUUGGUCUUGAGUCGGUCGGCGCGGCGUCUGCCCCUAGUGGGAGACGUCGCUCCAGCAAGGGCAAGGGGGGCAAGGGCGCGGGUGGAGCUGGACGGGGCGGUGGCGGUGGCGGCGGUGGCGGCGGAGGGAGUGGGGGUGGCGGCGGGACUAGUGGCGGGGGUGGUGGUGGUGGUGGCAGCAGCGGCGGAGACGGUGGUGGUGGUGCCAGCGGUGGUGGUGGAGGCAGCGGCGGAGGUGGAGGCGGCGGAGGUGGAGGCGGUGGAGGCGGCAGCGGAGGAGGCGGUGGUGGUGGAGGAGGUGGAGCUGGUCGGGGUGGUACCCAGCAGCGUAGCGGCGGUGGUGGCCAGCGCUCGCAGCGGCAGCAGCAGCAGCGCUCGCGGGAGAUCCCUCCGCCUCAGCAGCUUCGUGAGUGGUACGCUGGGCGUCAGAGGGGUGGGGGUACUGGUCCCUGCACCUACGUUCUUCGUUCCGGCGACCGCGCGGGUGAGCAGUGUGGGGGUGCCCACGCCACCCAGCGCUGCUUUGGCCGCCUGACGGACGCUUGGCGUCAGCAGUUCCCUGGGGCUAGUGAGAUCCCUCGCUGGGAUGAGCUUCUUAGGGCUGGUGUAGCGAUUUUUGAUCUUGAUUUUGAUGCUAUCCUUGCUGCUAUGUAUGCUGUGACUUAUAGUGAGGAGAAUGAGGGUUACCGGUGUUUCCAGCCCGACCCGGGCAUUGGUACUGCUGCGCUAGGUGCUUGUGAGGCUGCUGCUCUAGGUGCCAGUGCGUCUGCGCUCUCAGGUACUGGUGAGACUGCGCUCUCAGGUACUGCGUCGUCCUCGUCCUCCCUCACUUUCACACUUGACUCCGGGGCUUCUCGCUCCUUCUUUCGAGACCGCACUACCCUUACGCCGCUCGGCCGGCCGGUUGCAGUCUCCCUUGCUGACCCCUCUGGGGGUCCUGUCCUGUCUCACUUCUCCACUGUCCUCCCGUGUCCGGCUGCCCCUUCGGGCACCCUGUCUGGUCUGUACCUUCCCUCGUUCUCUACGAACUUGGUAGCUGCGUCAGGUCAGGUGCUUGCUGCUGCGUCCCGGUCAGGUCCUGAGUCUGCCCCCUGUUCUUGUCGCCUCCUGUCUCACGAGACUCUCCUGUGGCACCACCGUCUUGGCUACCCCUCCUUGCCCCGUCUUCGGAGCAUGGUUUCCCGUGUCCUUGUCUCUGGUCUUCCCCAGUCUCUCCCUCCUCUCCCCUCCGGGCCAGGACCUUCCUGUGUCCCCUGUGUCGAGGGUCGCCUCCGGGCUACUCCUCACUCCUCCCACUUCCCCCCGACAGAGGCUCCCCUGCAGACGCUUCACAUGGAUGUGUGGGGCCCAGCUCCCGUCCGUGGGCAGGGUCACGAGCGCUACUCUCUGUUGGUGGUUGACGACUACUCGCGUUACACCACAGUCCUCCCCUUGCGCAGCAAGGGUGCGGUCACUGAGGUGCUGAUCGACUGGAUCCGCGAGGCUCGUCUCCAGCUCAGGAAGAGCUUCGGCUCGGACUUUCCUGUUCUGCGUCUGCACUCGGACAGAGGCGGAGAGUUCUCUUCUCGCCUUCUGCGAGACUACUGUCGUGCACGGGGGAUCCGCCAGACCUUCACGCUUCCGGACUCACCACAGCAAAAUGGGAUUGCUGAGCGCCGCAUUGGCAUGGUCAUGGAUGUCGCUCGUACGUCCAUGAUGCAUGCGGCUGCCCCCCAUUUUCUGUGGCCGUUUGCGGUGAGGUACGCGGCGCAUCAGCUCAACCUUCACCCCCGGGUCUCUCGGCCUGCGAUGUCCCCAGCCUUGCUGUGGACGGGGAAGGUUGGCGAUGCGUCUGUGUUCCGUGUCUGGGGAUCUCGGGCGUUUGUCCGCGACUUGUCUGCGGACAAGCUGUCCCCUCGUGCUGCUCCCUGUGUCUUCCUUGGCUUCCCCACUGACGCCCCAGGGUGGCAGUUUUACCACCCCUCCUCUCGUCGUGUUCUGUCCUCCCAGGACGUCACGUUCGACGAGUCAGUCCCCUUCUACCGUCUCUUCCCCUACCGCACUCCUUCCCUCCCCCCUCCCCCGGACUUCCUUGUGCCGGUUCCCCCCCCGGUAGACCCCCUCCCCCCUCAGGUUCCUGCCCCCUCAGGUGUGUCCCAGGUAGACGCCGUUGACCCGGUCGAGGUUACUGGUGACUCUGGUGCUGCUGCGGGUGCUGAGCCUGGGGGUGCUGACUCUGGGGGUGCUGUGCGCGGGGGUGCUGAGCCUGGGGGUGCUACUGCUGGGGGUGCUGGGCCUGGGGGUGCUGCUGCGGAGGGUGCGGAGCCUGGGGGUGCUGAGCCGGGGGGUGCUGUGCCUGGAGGUGCUGGGUCUGGGGGUGCUGGGUCGGGAGCUGCUGAGCCUGGGGGUGCUGAGCUGGGAGCUGCUGAGCCUGGGGGUGCUGCGUCUGGAGCUGCUGAGCCUGGGGUUUCUCCUGCUGCUGCAUCUCGCCGGGAGCCCCUCUCUCCACAGGAGCUGCGCGAGUGGUUCGCUCGCCGCUGGAGGCGUGCUGCUGAGUCUGGAGGUGCUGCUGGAGCUGGAGCUGGAGCUUCUUCGACCGUCGAGGGUGCGGGUGCUGCCGAUCCCGGAGCUGCUGGACCUGCGGGUCCUCCUGGAGCUGGAGCUGCUGAGGGCGUUGGUGCUGAGCCUACUACUGUUGGUCCUGCCGCUGGAGGUGUGGGUGGCGCUGGUGCUGUCGCUGAGGGUGCUGGUGCUGUCCCUGCUGAGUCUGGAGCUGCCGCGCGGCCUCGGCCGUACUUCGUUCCGUUCCUGCAGCAGGUUCUUGGUCUUUCUCCUCCAGUAGAGGGUCCACCGCCUGUCCAGUCGCAGUCCCUGCUGGAGCCUUCCUCUCCACUGCCUGCUCCCUCUCCUUACACUGGUCCUACUGGAGGUCUUGCUGAGCGUCGUGAGCCUGCGUCUCGUCCCGCGUCGCCUGUUCGUGCUGCUCGCGCUAGUGGUCGCAGUUCGCGUCAGCGUCCUCCUCCUGUCCCUGGCACGCACCGGAUGUCUCUGCGUCCGUCCACUGCUCCUCUGCGUGCCCCUUUGCCUUCUCCUCCUGAGUCCUCUCUUCCUGCGCUUGCCGACCCUGAGUCGGACUCUCUUCGUGCUGCCAGUCCUACUGUCACGCGUCUGCUUGCUACUGUCGUCACUGACCCCUCUUUUGAGUCCACUACUGCGUCUGCUCUAGUCGCUGAGCUCGUCGACUUUGCUGCUCGCUGUCGUCUCGACUACGCUGCUAGUCUUGUGGCUGAGUCUGCGUCUGUCUGUCCUCCGUCCGUCGGGGGUGAGUGUGCUCUUGGCACGGACGUCCUAGAGGACAGGCAGGAGGAGUUACAGUGUCUAGCGGCUGCUUCACCUCAUCUCGCGUCUGUACUGCUUGCCCCUGAGGGAGACCCGGAUGCACUAGACAUCCCGACUCCGCGUUCUUACACGGAGGCCGUAGAGGGUCCCUACUCCUCUCAGUGGCAGGCAGCUAUGGAUGCAGAGAUGGCUUCCUGGAAGUCCACAGGCACCUACGUUGACGCGGUUCCCCCUCCUGGGGCGAACAUCGUCAGUGGCAUGUGGAUCUUCAGGGUGAAGCGGCCGCCGGGCUCUCCACCUCUCUUCAAGGCACGGUACGUUGCUCGUGGCUUCAGUCAGCGGCAGGGAGUUGACUACUUUCAGACCUUCUCUCCCACCCCGAAGAUGACUACUCUUCGGGUGCUGCUGCACAUAGCCGCUCAGCGCGACUACGAGCUUCACUCUCUCGACUUCAGCACUGCGUUUCUGCAGGUCUACGGUCUCCGCCAGGCACCGCGUGAGUGGCACGACACACUGAGGACUACGCUUGCGGCUCUUGGGUUUGCUCCUUCUACUACUGACCCGUCGCUGUUUCUUCGCACCGACACUUCCCUGCCGCAGUUCUACAUCCUCUUGUACGUCGACGACUUGGUCUUUGCCACAGCGAACACUGCUGGACUCGCCUACGUGAAGUCCGAGCUGCUGAAGAGACACACGUGCACAGACCUGGGUGAACUGCGCAGCUACCUUGGCUUGCAGAUCACUCGGGACAGAGCACGCCGCACCAUUACCUUGACUCAGUCACACAUGGUGCAGCAGGUCCUUCAGCGCUUCGGCUUCACGUACUCCUCGCCUCAGGCCACUCCUCUGCCUACUCGCCACUCACUCUCAGCUCUGCCUUCGGAUGAGUCCGUAGAGUCGAGUGGUCCGUAUGCAGAGCUUGUUGGCUGCCUCAUGUACCUGAUGACCUGCACACGACCUGACCUUGCAUACCCUCUGAGCAUUCUUGCACGCUAUGUUGCUCCUGGGAGACACCGACCAGAGCACAUGGCAGCAGCGAAGAAGGUAUUGCGCUACCUGUGCAGUACGUCGGGCAUGGGGCUAGUGCUUGGAGGGCGGAGUCCAGUGGUCCUCACUGGUCACGCGGACGCUUCUUGGGCUGACGACCAGGCUACGCAGCGGUCGUCACAGGGUUACACCUUCAGCCUUGGUUCCGGCUCUGUCUCGUGGCGGUCUACUCGCUCGUCUUCAGUUCUCGGCUCCAGUUGUGAGGCUGAGAUCUACGCCGGGGCCAUGGCUGCACAGGAGCUUCGCUUGCUCACCUACCUGCUGACUGACCUUGGAGAGCCGCCUCGUUCUCCUCCAGUGCUGUACGUAGACAACAAGGCCAUGCUGGCCUUGUGUCGAGAGCAGCGCUUGGAGCACAGAACGAAGCACAUUGCUCUCCGCUACUUCCUUGCUCGUGAGCUGCAGCAGCGUGGUCAGUUGCGACUUGCGUACGUGGCCUCUGAGGCCAACACUGCUGAUGUGUUCACCAAGGCACUCGCGCCUUGUGACCAUCAGCGCUUUUGCACCCAGCUGGGUCUUGUGCCUGUCUUGCCUCACUUGCUCUCCUCUUGA